AUGGAGUCCCGCCCGCCGCUCCCUCUCCUCCCCGAGCAGAACUUGGACCGCGAGGUCAAGCAGAACAUGGCCGAGCUCUCCCUCUGGACCGUGGUGGCCGCCAUCCAAGCGGUGGAGCGGAAAGUGGACUCCCACGCCAGCCGCCUGCUCAACCUGGAGCGGCGGGUCAUGACCAACGAGAAGAAAUAUGUGGACUGCGAGAACGCCGUGGUGGACUUUGGCAACCAGAUGGAGUGCAAGCUGACCGCCCUGGGCACCCUGAUCCAGGAGUAUGGGCUCCUCCAACGCCGGCUGGAAAACAUGGAGAACCUCUUGAAGAACCAGAACUUCUGGAUCCUGAGACUCCCGCCGGGCGCCAAGGGGGAGACGCCUAAG